AUGCCCCCUGUUGGAUCAGAUCCUGAUAUUACUCUGCUUGGAUUGCAUUCGAUACCUGCCUCAUAUCGUGAUAGGCUAAUGGCUGAUACAACCCUCCCUGCUUUUACUGAUGAUGAAGACAUAGGCGAAGACGAUAUCGAAAUAUUUGAAAGUGACGUCAAACGUGGUAUGAUUGACGAACUCCUAUUGAUUGACUUCUCUGAUAGGGUUUAUAAUCUAGCUGUCAAAAGCCUUAGUCAAACGAUUGUCGUCAAGCUUCUAGGGCAGCGCAUUGGCUAUAACGUUUUGCGAAAUCGCAUCUAUGAUCUGUGGAAGCCUACGCAGGGACCUUGGCUCGUUUACGGACACUAUUUGAAAGUUGAACCCUGGACUAAAGAUUUCUCGACCACGCAAAGGCAUCCGAGCAAGGUUAUAACAUGGAUCCGCCUACCUGGUUUGUCAGGCACUCUCUAUAAGCGCAAUAUCAUCACUGAGAUUGGUGAAUGCAUUGGUCCGCUGGUUGAAUACGAAUCUCUGUCUGCCGUCUAUUUCAAAUGCGACAUCUAUGGUCAUGCUUCGAAUUCUUUCACAAAGGUCUCAGUUUCUACACCCCAAGAUACCACCAUGGACACCAUCGAAUCUCAUACUCCCGCUGCUGAAAUGGAGCCUUCAUACGGCUCCUAG